AACAUGUCAAUGCGUCUGGAGGAGGUGAACGAGAGGGAGCACUCCAUGAAGGCUUCCCUGCAGACGGUGGACCUUCGGCUGGGUCAGCUGGAGGAGUUCUCUGGACGUAUGAUGAAUGCCCUGGAGAAGCUGGCCGGUGUGGACCACAACGACCUGGUCAGGACCCACUCUGGGGUCUCCUCAGUCUGUGACUCGUCCUCGCUGCUCCGCCACAGCUCCAUCAACAGCUCUGACGGCUACAGUCUAUACCGGUACCACCUGGAGAUGGGAGAUGACACCCGCUCCGAGGCUGGGGACAUCAAGAGCCCUGAGAGGAAAGGGAGCCAGAGGAAAGGGAGCAUGAGGAAGGUGGUUGAGAGGAAAGGGAGUAUGAGAGAAACCACGACCCUCACCACAGCCUCUGUGAAGGAGUACGGGGCCACGUUAGACGUGGUGGUGCCCAGAGAGAGGAAUCAUUCCAGCUCCAGUGUCUCUGUCUGCGAAGGUGCGAAGGAAACCCCAACCCAGAGGCCUGAGGCUCCUACAGAGCCUUCUCCACAGCCCAGCCCUGCAGCCUCGAUGGACGCAGCCCUGGAGAAGGCAGGAGUGACCAUGGAGAAGAUCAAGCUAGAAGCAGCCAUCUCAUACCCUCUGGAGAGGGUCAGGUCCCUGCAGUACCAGUCACCAGAGACCCACAGUGACUGUCUCACCUCCAGGCCCAGAUCCAGGAGCACUAUGGUGUACAACCCAGCCGAUGGGGGAGAUGAGGGGGCUACCUGGGCCCCAGACAUCAACAACCCCCUAACAGGGGAGCAGGAAACGGUUACCUCCAGAUCUCCAACCAUGGGUCAGUGGGCAGCGUGCUUCGAGUACAAAGUCCACCCCUGCCCGUUCGGCCACAUGCCCAAAGUCUCCAUGGAGAAGCUAGUCCCCACCACCACCGAUACAAAGGACGAGGCAGAGGUCAACGAGACAACGACAGACAGGGAAUCACAGGAGCCAGGGAAGAGCCAGCCAGAGAGCAACCAAAAUGGAGGUGAGGAGAAGCAGGAAGCGGAGGCUAAAGAUACUAGUGAAGGCCUUCUGCUUGUGGCAGAGGACAGGAUGUAUCCAUCACUGAGUUCUAAGAGCCUGAACACCAACCCCAGGAAAGUGAAGGCCAGAGGGGACUGGGCACAGAGAACCAAGUCAGCCAGUAGUGUUAAAGACCUAACAGCUAUGUUUGGAGGGACUGGGGAGACAGAGACAGAGGUAGAGACUGACAGACAGUGUUAAAGACCUAACAGCUAUGUUAGGAGGGACUGGGGAGACAGAGACAGAGGUAGAGACUGACAGACAGUGUUA